GCCCGAUACUCGCACACGGUCUUCUGCCCCUGCCAAAUCCCUUGUGCUCUCCACAACACAUGUUUUUAAUUUUCCUCGGAUUCUUCCCAGGGGGGCCUCUGCGCGAGCGACAGCCUCCCAGAUAUGUCGCUUUCCCUGAAUCGGCAGUUUGGGCCCGCGCAACAGUCUCCUCCAGGGGCGGCGGCCCACGACGGCGAUGUUCUCACGCAAACCCAAUCACCAUUGCGUGCCCGGCCUCAUGUUGUCCUCCC